AAACAUUAGUUAUAAAAUGGAAUUCCACAGAAAUGAACAAUGUUAUUUGAAAUGUGAGCCAUACUAAGUAAUACAAGAUUCCCGCAUAUAACGAUGGAGAAAAUUGUUAAGUUUAGUACUACCAUUCGGAACAAUUGGAAAAAAUCUGUCGUAGGGGCUUGCGCAUUGGCUUAUGGAGCCUCGGUAGCAAAGGAAAAAUACGACAUUAAUAUUCUUAUGAGAGCUGCAUGCAAGGAAGCGGCUCUAUAUGGAGAUGCAUUAAUACCAAUGGAGCGUAAUCCUACCGUUGUAACUGUGAUCCUCAAUCCCGUCGCCAAUAAGAGAUCAGCUAAAAAGGACUUUGAGAAAUAUUGUGAACCACUACUGCACCUUGCCGGUUUGCAAGUUGAUGUUGUGCAAACGGCUUCAGAGGGGAAUGCAAAGGAAAUCGUGGAGACCUUGAAAGGUACAGAGGCAAUCAUUGUAGCAGGUGGUGAUGGGACUUUAUCAGAGACAGUUACAGGUCUCCUCCGCAGAAAUGAUGAAGCCAAUCGUUUUCCACUUGGAGUCCUUCCUCUUGGCCGCACAAACAAGCUUGGAAACAGCUUGUUUCCUGGUGGAUCAGACAAUGUGGAAAAAGUCAAACAGCUUAUUGAUGCUUCAAUGGCUAUAAUCAGAGGCAAAACGGAAUGGAAAGAUGCUCUCAAAAUAGAACAGAUCACAGAUGGGGAGGAAACCCCAAGACCAAUUUUUGCCAUGAGUUCUAUAGAAUGGGGGGCUUUUAGAGACACAAUGGCCAAGAAAGAUAAAUACUGGUUUACUGCAGGUUUAAGAGAAUAUGCCACAUUUCUUUUUAAUGGUUAUAAGGACUCUAUUACUUGGAAUUGCAGUGGCACAUUGAAAUACACGCCACCUUGUGCUGGAUGUGCUAAUUGUGUGCAAAAAAAGCCUGAACCUAAAAAGAAAUGGUCAUUCUUUAUUCCCAGCACGCAAGCUGCAAAUGUAGGCCCAAAAGAGAUUAAUCCAGAAUGCAUAAAAACAGAGGAGUUGUGUUUUAAGACAGCAGAGUUUAAAAUAGAAACGCCUGCAGAGAAGCAGGAGAAACCCUCUUUAAAAAUAAUAUUGGGGAAGAGCAGCUAUUCAUACGCACAAUUUGUUAGCGAAGGUUGGGACAGAUUGAAAAACAAGCCAGAGGGCAAAGAAGUUAUUUCUGCUCGAACUGUGGAACUUUUGCCUCAGGAUCCUGGCAAAGAGGUCACCAUAGAGAUUGACAAGGAAGAAUUUGAGUUAAAACCAGUUAAAGUUACAAUACUGCCGAAAAUUGUUAAAUUAUUUUGUCUAUAAUAAAUGGUUAAAUGAAACCUGGUUUC